UCAAAACAAACCGAAAAUCUGAAGCUAGCUAAUAGCUAGCUAAAGCCAGUAAAACGACACUGAAAGUAUUUUGAAAGCUUUCUAAUUCAACAGAGAACCCGUUAUGUAAGUCAGAUGUUGAUCCGUCUUCAAUAAAAUAUCCGUUACUUUGAACAUUUUGCUAAUAUCUUAGCUAGCUGUAGAAAAUGCCUUACUGGAUCUGCUGCAACUCCUGCUUCAACAUCCCUGGUCCUGACUGCCAACUAGCUGUUGCCAGCUGUGGUCAUCUCAUCUGCAACGUGUGUUUUCAGAAAGGCAAACAAGGGGAAUGCAUGAUAUGUAAAGCAAAAUGUCAAGUUACUCCUCUCUCAGACAAAAGUAGUGCAGAAGUGAAGGCCCUCUUCUCUGACAUCAAUUCUGUUGCAACCAAACACUUCACAGAGAUAAGCAAGGUGUUACUAUUCCAGGCAAGGCACCAAAAGAGGCUGUUGGUGCAUUACCAGAAGAGGAAUGAAAAGUUAGAAGACGUUUUACUCAAGAUGAAGCAAGAAAUUCAGCAAAUGUCCAAAAAAAUUACAGCGCAGAAUGCAUAUAUUGCCAAGCUGGAGAACACUCUUCAGCAUCAAAGGUACCGUCUUAGAUCGAUCGACCAAUCAGAACACCCUGGUCAACCACUCAGCUCGGUCACUGUCAGCCAUCUGGCAGAGAUGCAAAUGACCCCUAACCUGCCUUAUCGUAGGGACACAGGGUGGGAGACGCCCAUGUUCAAGCCCCCGUCGGCCUACGGACACCCCUUCAUGUCCUCCCUGUCCAUGUCCUCUCUGGGGGCCACCUGCCCUCCACCAUAACACCGCCAAGCGCCAGCCAUCAUGAUGGCACAUGGAGACAUCUCUGAUCCACUUCAAUGCUCUGCACGAGUGACUUAGCUAUAGUAUCAAGUCAAUUGGUAAUGGUUGAACUCUUCACUGUGGAGAGAUGAGCUGUGGAAUAGGAAGUAUUGGUCUGAAAUUGAAUCCACUACACAGGGUUAAGAAGAGGUUUGAAGCUGUUGGGUGUGUUUGUACUGUUGCGUGUACAUUGUCAUUUUAAUGGCUACAUACAGUAUUAUUUCAUUGGUUCAAUGAAGUUUGUCACAAUAACAAAUACAU